AUGGCGGCCCUCAUUAUGGAGAAUUUCCGAUUCCUGUCACUCUUUUUCAAGAGCAAAGAUGUCAUGAUCUUCAAUGGGCUGGUGGCCCUGGGCACGGUGGGGAGCCAGGAGCUCUUCUCUGUAGUGGCCUUCCACUGUCCCUGCUCUCCAGCCAGAAACUACAUCUAUGGGCUGACAGCCAUCGGGGUCCCUGCUCUGGCCCUCUUCCUCAUCGGCGUCAUCCUCAACACUCACACAUGGAACCUGGUGGCUGAAUGUCAGCUCCGACGGGCCAAGAACUGCUCAGCUGCCCCCAAUUUCCUGCUCUUGAGCUCCAUCCUGGGCCGUGCCGCCGUGGCUCCAGUGACCUGGUCUGUCAUUUCACUGCUUCGAGGAGAGGCGUACGUCUGCGCCCUCAGCGAGUUUGUGGACCCCUCGUCGCUGACCUAUGGAGAGAGAGGCUUUCCCCGGGAACAUGCAAUCGAGGUCUUGGCCAAGUUCCCCUGUGGGGAGGCCCCGGCCAACCUGUCAGCCUUCAAGGAGGAGGUGAGCCGAAGACUCAAGUACGAGUCCCAGCUCUUCGGGUGGCUGCUGAUUGGCAUGGUGGCGAUCCUCGUCUUCCUCGCCAAGUUGCUGAAGCACUGCUGCUCCCCGCUGGGCUACCGCCAAGAGGCAUACUGGGCUCAGUACCGGGCCAACGAGUCCCAGCUGUUCCAGAGAACGGCGGAGGUCCAUUCUCGGGUGCUGGCCGCCAACAACGUGCGCCGCUUCUUCGGCUUCGUGGCCCUGGACAAAGACGACAAGGAGCUGGUCCAAGAGUUUGUUGUGGAGGGGACCCAGCCGAGGCCCCAGUGGAAUGCCAUCACAGGGGUCUACCUGUACCGGGAGAACCAAGGCUUCCCACUCUACAGUCGGCUGCACAAGUGGGCUCAGGGGAUAGUGGGGAAUGGCACUGGGCCGGACAACCUGGAGAUGGCUUUCCUGGCUUCCUAGUGUCGCCGGCAGGCUGGCCAUCCCACAGCUGUUUGAAAAUACACAGUGGUGACUUCUAAGAUCCCGGAGCUGCCCGGGGGCACAGAGGGGCCUGCGCCGAAACCCGGGACCUAGCAGACCUCGGUGGGUUCUGGGCGGAUCAGAGGAAGCUGUUUUUACUAGUGUUACUAACAGGCCAUCAAAGACGGCUGCAGGGUGGUGAGGAGGAGGAGGACCGCCCCUGGACGGUGGCCAGGCUUGGGGAGAACCUGGGGGGCAGCGCAGCUGGCCUGGGAAGGGCACUCCUGGCACGACAGAAAGUCUGUCCCACGCCAGCGUGCUGGAUCAGCAGCUUUGCAGGAUGUGUCUUUUCCAAAGAAAAGCAGCUACUUGUGCCAACUUCUUAAUCCUGGGACCCAGAAACAGAAGUCCCUUGCACGCCCCACGUGGGCUCCUUGUGAGACGAGAUGGCGGUUAACUUGUGUCUAACUGCCAGUGGGUCUAGACGGACCAUCUUUGGGAGGGGAAGGUCCGAAGACCUGGGGAGCCCUUAGUAAGCCGCUCUCCCAGGGUGCCCACUGACCUGGUUUUCUAUUUUUAAACGUUUUUGAUAAAACAUUUUGCUGCAACA